UAAAUAUGAAUAUAUAAAUAAGGCGAAGUUGGGAGAAAACAAAAUCAGAAAUUGGUAGUGGAAAUCAGAAUCUCACACCUCAAGAGCGUAAUAAUAAAGGAUGCAGAUAUUCGUCAAAACCCUAACUGGAAAGACAAUUACGCUCGAGGUUGAGAGCAGCGACACCAUCGAUAAUGUCAAGGCCAAGAUUCAGGAUAAAGAAGGCAUACCUCCUGACCAGCAGAGGCUAAUAUUUGCUGGUAAACAGUUAGAAGAUGGCAGGACCCUGGCAGAUUACAAUAUCCAGAAGGAAUCAACGCUUCACCUUGUUUUGAGACUUAGGGGAGGUACUAUGAUCAAGGUUAAAACCCUUACUGGGAAAGAAAUUGAAAUCGAUAUUGAGCCAACUGAUACUAUCGACCGAAUCAAGGAAAGGGUUGAGGAGAAAGAGGGAAUUCCUCCGGUGCAGCAAAGGCUCAUUUAUGCUGGCAAGCAGCUUGGAGAUGACAAGACUGCCAAAGACUACAAUAUCGAGGGUGGCUCGGUUCUUCACCUUGUCCUGGCGUUGAGGGGCGGUGCUAUCUAAUUCGCAGAACUAUAGAUCAUGUUGUGAAUAGCAAUUUAUAAACUAAAUCCAUAUGCUUUGCGACAUUGCUAUUAAAUAUCGAGUGGAUUUGAGUUUUUCCAA